AUGUGCGUCCAUCUCGACUCGCUCGGUGCGCUGAUUGCCACCAUCGAUGCAGCGGGUGUUGUGCGUGUCUGGCGUAAGCUGCCGAGCGGUCUCUUCUUCAUUACGGAGUUGGACAAGGUAUUUCUGCCAGCUCGCAGUGCCGCCGCCGCUGGCCACGAGCGCCGCACCCGUCACUACUGGACACACGCCUACAUGGCGCUGCAGGUGCUGGUGUUUGUGUGCACGGAGGAAGAAGAAUUGGAGGUCGACCUCGACGCAGUCGCACCCGACCACGGCAACGUGCGUCGCAUGGAGUCGAAUGAUGACGGAUCUUCCUCAUCGCCCGCGGCCCAGGCGCCGCUGGGCACAGUGCGGGUGCAUAUUCGUCAGGUCAACCCCAUCACGCUCACCGUGGAGGAACGCGACUCCUUCACCUUUCAGGCCCCAGUUCAGCGAGUCGUCAGCGCCGCUGCCACUGUAGCGGACACGGCGCAGCUCAGGCACGACGACGGCGCGCGUCGGACCCCUCGCACCUCUCUCGCCUACACUCGGCGACCAGCCUUCCUUAUACAUCAGUACGCGCCUCACAUCGCCUUCUUCGUAACGCUGCCGGCGACACCUGGUGCGACGGGCGGUGGUAGCGGCGUCGUCCUGUGCCCUUGCUUCGCCUCCGCUAUGGCGACGGGCAGUCGUUCCGAUCAUACGGCGGGUGCCAUUCGCGCCUACGUGCCGACCCGGCUCAGCGUAGCAAACGCGGUCGUGGCGUGCGCGCAGCAGGGAUGGGAGCUGGAGCGGACUGGCACCUCUGCCUGCGUCCUGGUGGACUCUGCUGGUGUUGUGGACUACUGCACGAUCGAGGCGGUCGCCGAGGCAGCGACAACGACGGCGACAUUCCCCUCGACGGCGUCGGUAGGGCGGACUCUGAAAGUGAUGGCAGGUCUUGCGGCGGUGCCGCCCACGUCACGCGAGGCGCACGUGUGGCGGCGGUGGAUAUGUUUUCACCGCCGGCAGCGGACAGGCUUCUUCAGCCUCGUACGGGAUGCGCAGCAAGCUCUCAAGGCGCGUAAAGAGGGCGAGAACGAAACAGCCGCAGGCAAGGCGGCCGGCGCCGUCGCCGAUGUGCAGGUGCUGCCGGCAGCGGUGCAGCUCACACCCGACGGUCGGCACGUGUUGGUGUGGAGCUUCCGGUUUCUCCGGGUCGCAGCGGUGUCGGCGCAGCCCGCCUCACGCAUCCCUUCAACGGUGCGGCGCCAUGAUGUAACCGUCGAGUCAUGUAUGCAUCUGUUGGACUUCACGACGGGCGCGUGCAUCGGCAGGCACACCGACCCCCUCGGCGUCUUUCCCACCAGCGAGGACAUUGUGUUUGGGGCCACGGCGUGGGCGGACUACGUUCAGCUCCGCAGCCGCGCUCUGGCACUGCACCUACACGUGGAGCCGUCCGCCGCCGCCAACAACCAGUUCUACAUCCUAGUGCCUGAGUUGCCGCUAGAGCAGCUGCUUGGCGUUGCCGCUCUCUCGUGCGAGGCGGCCGAAGUGGCAACGGCGGCAGUUGCUGGACGCGUGGUACAUGUGUAUGAGGUGAUCCUCGAGGCGGCAGCCGCGUCGUCGCCGAACACCGCACAGUCCUCGGCCACAGUGAGGCGGCUGCCACACGAGCUGGGUGAGUGGGAAGCAAUCGUCAGGCGGGGUGCAGAGCACCCACGGCAUGCAUCAUACCACGACGUCGGUGAUGUCAGGAAAGACGGGUGCUGGAGUGGUCUGGCGACCUCGCAGUCUACAUGGGGAGCGCUGCGCCUCCUCUCUCCCAACGAGUACGCCCUCACUGUCAAGGAAGAGAGCCACACUCGCGUUGAGGCUCACAGCCGCACGACGGCGACGGCUGGAGUGCACCCAGGUCUGGCGGUCUGUCGCGCCCCGGUGAUUCUCCUUCGCCGCGCCGUGACCGCGUCACAGGAUUUGAAGAACUUAGUUGCCGCCUCCCCUGUCGGAGCUGCGUUAGGGGCGGACGCGCGCAAGCAUCUCUUCGCGACCCCCAGGGCUCAUGACACCACCGGCGGGGCGGCACCAGGGGAGGUGCUGCUGCUCUCUUUCAGCGCGGACGUUUCCGCAGCGGCGCUGCUGGUGUACUCUAACCAGCUGCCGUGGGGCAGUGCCGCCUUGGGGCGCGUGCUCUGCGAGGCCGCGCCGUCGCAGGCCGAGGAGGAGCUCACUGAGGAGGGGCGACGUCUCCAGGAGCGGCUGCGACAGAAAACCGUGGUCGAUGCGCUGCACGAGCUACACCGUGGACGUGACGACGCGUGCGGAACACUCCUGCUGGCUACUGUGGCCCCGCAGAGCUCCAGCACCGCAGCAGCACCGGGAGGUACGGGCGAAGCAGCCUCCGCGAGCCCAAGCGCUACUGCGGAUGUGGCCGGCAGCACCAGCGGUGAUCGGGCGCAACCGGAGAAGACUACAGAAGCAGCUGCAACGACCUCGGUGAGAGUCGAUGCCGCGGUGCGCGCACUGCUGAAGAACCUGACCCCGCCACUCAGUGCAUCUUCGCCACCUGUGGCGCUUGUCCACGUGCGUGGCUACGGCUCCAUCCGGGUACACCUUCUCCCCAGCAUUGCGCCACUGGCGACUGACAACUUUGUGCGUCUGGCACGACGCCACUACUACGAUCGGCUCACCUUCCACCGGGUCAUCCCCGCCGCGAUUGUGCAAGGCGGUUGCCCGCGAGGCGACGGGACCGGCGGCGAGAGCGCCUUCGCUGACGGGGCGCCGUUCAGGGACGAAGGACUGACAGUCUUUCCUUUCUUCUCCCACACGGACAACCCGCUGUGCUGCUGGCUGUGCAUGGCGAACGCGGGGCCCAACACGAACGGGUCACAGUUCUUCUUCACCGUGCCCGGCGGCGAGGCGAUGCCGUGGUUGGACGGGCACCACACCGUCUUCGGGUACGCCGUCGAGGGGCUUGACGUGGUGCGCGCCAUGAGCAUGGCAGCACGCGAUGAUGAGGACAACCCGCUCUCACCCAUCAUGAUGGAGCGGGUGGAUGUGCUCUCUGUCUAG